CUUCGUCACAAAUGGCUUCGUAUUCCCGUUCUACUGCAUUAGUCGUGCGUGCGUACGUCAAUGCGUCGAGCCGGUUCUUCAUCUGUGGUAACUCUGCUACUUUAAGCGUUUAGACCAUGGCUACGUGCUUAGCGGAAACUUGUGCCGCAGCUUCAGCAGGUCCGUCUGCCAUAAUCUUCACUCAACUCAUCCAUACACUUCUGACGGCUCAAUGUGCCUUGAAAAGUGAUCAAGUUUACCCACCCGAUCGAACCGAUGAAAUACUAAAGAACAACUUGGAUUUUGACUUCAUUGUAGUUGGAAGUGGAACCGCAGGUUCGACAGUAGCAGCUCGUUUAUCAGAACAACUCCGAUGGCGUGUAUUAUUGAUCGAAAGAGGCGUCGAUCCUUCACCAUUAAGUGACAUUCCAGCUUUACUGUUAUUGUUACAAGGCACCAAAGAGGAUUAUUCAUAUAAAGUCAAACCAGAUAAAAGAUACUGUUUGGGCAUGAAAAAUAAACAGUGCAUAUGGGCCAAAGGAAAAGUUUUAGGUGGUAGCUCGGUAAUCAAUGCGAUGUUACAUGUUCGCGGUAACGAUCGAGACUAUGAUAAUUGGGCAAAGAUGGGUAAUGAUGGAUGGAGUUUCGAGGAGUUGUUACCUUACUUCAAGAAAUCCGAAAACUAUCAUCCUGAUAUUGUGGCGAAACAUGGCACUAGAUUAUUUGGUACCGGUGGCCCGAUAACCCUUAGAACUUAUAAUUACUCGGAAAGUGGUCUGCAUGAUAUUCUUAUGGAUGUCGUCAACGAAUUGAAUAUUCCACUAAUGGACAUGCUAAAUGGUGAGCAAUACAUUGGAUAUGGCUUAGCUUACGGGACCGUCGACAAUGGCGUUCGCCAAAGCGUUGCCAAAGGAUAUCUAUCUCCUGCUAAAGAUAGAAGCAAUCUUUAUGUCAUGAAGUCAACGAGAGUAGACUCGAUAGUUAUUGUAAAUAACAAAGCUAUCGGAGUCAAAGUCACAUUGAAAAAUGGACAAAAUGUAGAAUUGAAAGCUUCGAAGGAAGUAAUAGUAUCAGCUGGAACCAUUGCUUCUCCGCAGAUUCUCAUGCUCUCCGGAAUUGGACCAAAGGAACACUUAAAAAACCACAAAAUCAAAGUUUUAGCUGAUCUUCCAGUAGGUAAAAAUCUACAAGAUCAUAUAAUCUGGCUGGGAAUACACGUUACCUACAACAAUAUUACUGCUCAAAAAGUAACGCCCACUUUUAUGUACGAUUGGGCUUACGAGUAUCUAAUAUCUCGUAGAGGAGAGUUUGCAUCAGCUGGUGGAGUUGAUUUUCUUGGAUAUUUCAAUACUAGAGAUUCCAAUGGAAAGUAUCCCAACAUACAGUUUCAUCAUACUCAGGUGCCUAAAAAUCAAGUCUUUAAAAUAGAUGCUUUAUUUAAUGCUUUUCACUUCUCAGAAGAAAUGAAAGAAGUUAUGCGGGAUCUCAUUAAACAAGGUGAAAUAUUCUUUGCUUGUCCAACAUUGUUGAAUCCGCAAAGUUAUGGAGAGUUAAAACUAAAAAGUACUAAUCCAGAAGAUCAAAUCGAAAUACACGCUAAUUAUUUUGAUGCCCGACAAGAUGUAGAGCAAAUGCUAGAAGCAGUCAACAUUGUCAAAAGUUUUGUGAACACACAAACAUUCAGAAAGCUCGGAGCUCAACUUCGUCCGAUGAACAUAUCAGGAUGUACUCAAUAUCCCAUAGAUUCCAAGAAUUAUUGGGAAUGUAAUUUAAGACAUACCAGUGGAACAGUUUAUCAUCCAGUGGGUACUUGCAAAAUGGGACCAGCAGGCAGUAAAGAUUCGGUAGUUGAUCCAACAUUGAAAGUGCAUAAUAUUCGAGGAUUGAGAGUCAUCGAUGCGUCUAUCAUGCCGAAAAUACCAAGUGGAAAUACGCAUGCCCCAACUUUGAUGAUAGCGGAAAAAGGAGCUGAUAUGAUUAAACAAGAGUGGCUCGCUAAAGACGAACUAUGACUCAUUUCUUUUCAAUAAGUUUAAUAUUUUUUCAGUCCGACUGUUUUUUAUGCAACAACUCUUUGCACUCCUAAAGAUAUGCUUUCGUAUUACUGAUAACAAAAAUUGAAAUCUUCGCUAUUAUUGCGAUAAUUAUAUGUUACGGUAUGUUGGCUAUACUGAAUAUUAAUAUUAAUAAUUAUUACGUGUACGUGUUUAUGUACGAACGUAACAUCAAAGUACAUGUUAUUAAAAACAUUGUUAAUUAACUUUAGUAAGCUGGUAAAUACUAUUAUAUAAAUGUAAAAGCUAUAUGUAAAAGUAUUACUCUUGAAAUUUAGUUAUUAACCAAUUGUACUCUAUUAACAAAAAAUUCAAUAAACAAUUUGUAACCUUA